AUGGAGUUUAAACGUGCCCCUGUCGACUAUAAAGGAAUCGAACCCUCAUAUGUUGAGAAAGUGCUUUUCUCCACUACUGAAGGCAACCAGGCCGUUGUCAAAGUUCUUCUACGACAAACGCGACGUCCUGAGGUCGGCGACAAAUUUUCCAGCCGGCAUGGACAAAAGGGUGUUGUCGGUCUGAUUAUCCCCCAGGAGGACAUGCCUUUCUCUACACAGGGCCUGGUUCCAGAUAUUAUAAUGAAUCCACAUGGAUUUCCCAGUCGAAUGACGGUAGAGAAUCUUGCCUCCAUCCAUUUAUUGAUCCUAAAUUUCUUAGCAAAUGAUUCAUCUAAUCAAAUGUAUAUAAACCAAGAUUACGUGGCCCUUAUUAUGAUCACGAUCUCCUUUCGUUAUAUAUACGCUAUUUGGCCCUUAAGCAACUAG